AUGAAACUAAAGAGGAGUCUGAUUUUGUCAACCACUUCGAACAAAUCUAAGAAAAAGAACUCUAGCACGACUUUGGAAGUUAAGCCUUCCUUAAUUAAACAGAAAGAAUACAUAAAUUAAUCCAAAGAUGAUCCAAAAGAUAAAUUGUCACCUGAGCUAAAACCAUUCUUUUAACAUCAAAAUGUAAGAACUAAGGCUGAAAAAAUGUAAGAGAAGCAUAAGUAUGAUUCUUAAAAUUAUCUAUCAUAGUCUAAAGCAGAAGAAGUAAAAGCUAAGCAAUAAAAAUGAAGCCGGAAAUAUCGAAUAGGACGAUGAUCCUAUGUAUAAAAAAGAGCAAUUUAGAAGUAGAUUAGGUGGAAGAAAAUAAAGAUAACUCAGAUAAUACUAAAUAAUAAAAUAAUGAAAGCAAUUAAUAACAUGUGAAUUAGUAAUAUUAAGAACUAAAAUUAUAACAAAGAAAAUUCAAAAAAUUAAAGGAACCCACUUAACUAGUGGAAUAAGAUAAGAAAUCUAAAUGUAUAAAACAUGAACAUAUAAGAAAACCAUAAGUAAAGAAAACCAACUAUAAAAACAUAAUUUUGAGGAUUCAGACAAGAAAUUAAGUCAUGAAUAAGAAGAGGAAAAAUGAAAUAAUAGUCAAAUGA